CUGCGGCGAAGAGUUCUGGAGAACUACGGCAACUGCUGUCUAGGCUCUAUUAACCUCGACAAGCAUGUGAGCGUUGACGGAUUCGACUGGGACAGCCUUGGCUACACGGUGCGGACGGCUGUGCGCUUCCUUGACGAUGUAAUCGAGGUGAACCAGUUCCCGAUGCAGAAGCUGCGGGAAGUGAAUCUCGCCACGCGGCGCAUCGGGCUAGGCGUGAUGGGCUGGGCGGACGCGCUGAUACGCAUGGGCGUGCCUUACGACUCGAAGCGCGCGCUGGAGCUUACCGAAGAGCUGGGCAAGUUCAUAUACGACACCGCAUGGGACGAGUCGGCGCGGCUCGCCUCUGAGCGCGGGCCGUUCCCGGAGUACGAGACCUCUGCGCUCAAGACGCGCGGCAUGCCGCCGGUUCGCAACUCCAGCGUUAUCACAAUCGCGCCCACCGGCACGAUUAGCCGUCUCUCCGACUGCUCAUCGGGCAUCGAGCCGCACUUCGCCAACGCAUGGUGGUCGAACGUACUGUGGAAGGGCAUCGACGGCGCGGGUGAGGCAGGCGAGCGGCUGCUGGAUGCGCCCAAGUCGGUCUGGGAGGCGCUGCGCGAGCGUCUCGCGGACGAAGAGCAGGUGCGCGCCGUGCUGGAGCAACUCGCCGACGACCCUGACGGCGCGGAACGCAUAUUCACCGAGAACGGCAUAGACCCGGCGCACUUCCGCACCUCCAUGCUCAUCAGCUCGGAGGCGCAUGUGCGGAUGCAGGCGGCGUGGCAGAAGUACGUCACCAACUCCGUGUCCAAGACCAUCAACCUGCCCAACAGCGCCACGAUUAAAGAUGUUGAGGAUGCCUACUAUCUGGCAUGGAAAACGGACUGCAAGGCGGUUACCGUAUAUCGGGACGGCUCGAAGUCUAUGCAGGUGCUGGAGACGGGCAAGGACACAGCAGAUACCGAGAAUAUCGGCAAGCUCUUCCUCUAG